GUACCAGCAGUUUUCUAUAAAGUGAUGACAAACACAAUGACAUCAUCACCACUCGCGCAGAAAGCGAAUUCGACGGCCAAAAUUUACGAUUUUCUUGAGUUCUUCACACUUUUGUAGACGGCAGUAUAUUGCUUUGGUGUUACUGCGUGCGUACACGUCCUUGACUCGACUUUGAAGCAGAUUAUCACUCCAUUUACCACAAAACAUCUUGGGAGCUCCGUUCCGCAGGACACGGAAGACAUCUUGUUUUGUCCCUACGUGCCCUAAACGUAGCCAUUAGAGAUGAGGUUUCCAACAGCAUGCGUGUGCUUGCUCUUAAUAGCUGUUUCCUCGAGGGGAGCUGCGCAGACGACUCAACCGCCAACAAAGCCACCCACUGUAACGCCUGCACCGGCUGGUACAUCAGAAGCAGCAAUACCGACAACGGCACCUAAUCCAGCGCCGAACCCGACCGUUGCGGCACAGACUCCAAAAGCAGAGGUACCGACUCCAUCGGCAAUGGUUACACAACCGCCAAAUCCACCCGAAACGGCGGCACCGACUUCGCCCGGAGCAGCGGCAACGGAUCCGCCUGCGACAGCAGCGCCCCAAGUGCCGACAACAGCGGGACCUACCGCAGCGGCAUCUGCGGCACCUCAAGUACCAUCUUCAGAGGUACCAACACCAACUCCAGCGGCACCGACUGUGCCAACAACGGCAACGCCCCCGCAACCAACAACAGAGGUACCCACACCGACCCCAUCAACAGCAGCAUCACCGGCUACAUCAGCAACACCAACACCAACAGGGACACCGACAACUGCUGCGCCGAAUCCAUCAUCAACGCCGACACCCUCUUUGGCAUCAACAGCAGUUCCUUCUGUCCCAACAACUGCAGCGGUGACGCCGCCCGCAACGGCCACACCCCCUCCGGCAUCCACAGAAGUACCAACACCAACACCAACAGCGGCACCACUUACACCAUCCACAGCAACAGUGGCUCCGUCAAAAACUGCUGCACCCCCGACAGCUUCAGCACCCCCAACAGCUUCAGCACCCCAAACAACUGCAGCACCUCUACCAUCAACAGCACCACCUUCUCCACCAUCAACGGCAGUACCGACUCCGACAGCGACCGCAGCACCAUCCCCGAAACCGACGGCGUACCCCUCAGCGACACCCACUCCACAGACCCCCACCGGUGGCCCGGACAAGGACCCUAAAAACCCUGGCUCCAAUUCCACGGGCGCCAUCGUUGCCGUAGUGGUUUGCGUUGUCAUUGUCCUCGGGCUGAUUGCGGCAUUCUUUGUCUACAGGCGGCACAAACUGAGAAAUAACUACGGUCGUUUGAACGAAGACACAGAAGAAAGUGGCUGGUCGGCCUUUUCCAAGAACCCCAUCUACAGAGGGGACAGGGAUUAUACACCUCUUUGAAGACCGCCAUCACCAUAGAAACAACAGCAGUGUGUUGCGUUUGGAGCAAAGUCGCAGUCUGCAAAGGAUUGGGUGUGAGAUACGAUGGAUCUUUGCAACGGGAGGUUCGGGUCUUGUAUUUACUGAAAAGAUUUUU